AUGCUUUCAGUACUUCGUGAAUUUGACUUUACGAAACAUCCGGUUGUCAGUGCAUCCUUCUAUUCAAGGGAGUGGUUGCAAUUGCUGAUAAAAGAAACUGACCCCUUUUCGGGAGCUCAUAUGAUAACAGCUGUGUUUUUGACAGAUGAGGGUAAGUCUAGGAGCAAUUCUAUUUCUUUAACAUUUUGCGGUUAUGCAUCAGACGUGAUGGGAUAA